UCUUCAUUCUGCAGUAGCAUGGCUCCGAAGAAGGUGGAACCAAAGAAGACCGAGGUGAAGAAGGUCGAAGCAAAAAAGGAGGAACCUCCUCCUCCUCCCAAGCUUGUGGAACCGGAGCCCAAACCUCCAGAGGUGGACCUGAAGAGCAUCGUGGUCGAGUUCAGUCCAGACCAGAUCGAAGAGUUCAGAGACGCCUUCUCGUUGUUUGACGAGACGCCCACAGGUGAGAUGAAGAUCACCUACGCUCAGUGUGGUGAUGUCAUGAGGGCGCUGGGACACAACCCCACCAACGACGAGGUGCUGAAGCUGCUGGGGAGGCCGAAGGCCGAGGAGCUGCACGUCAAGCUGCUGGACUUCGACGGCUUCCUGCCCGUGCUGCAGCACGUAGCGCGCGCCAAAGAGCAGGGCAACUUUGAGGACUUUGUGGAGGGUCUGAGGGUCUUUGACAAGGAGGGCAACGGCACUGUGAUGGGGGCGGAGCUACGUCACGUCCUCGCCACACUGGGAGAGAAGAUGACUGAAGACGAGGUGGACCGUCUCAUGGCGGGACAGGAGGACGCCAACGGGCACAUCAACUACACCGAGUUCGUCAAACACAUCCUGGCUGGGUAGUGAACUCACUCCAACGUCCAAGAGUCUCUAAUGUUUGAAUUCCUGUCCAGAUGUGUCUCUAAUAAAACAGCUGCAGGACGUC